AGUGGGGCUGAUCUUGGAAUACUAUAUAUUGACGUUUUAAAAAAAUCUAGAUUGGAACCAUCGCAAACAUUUUUUGAAAAUAUUAUAAAACUUUUUUCUCUCAUGAAUCCAACAUCUCCUGAAAGGGAGAUAUUUGUACAGAAUGCUGUCAAGUGGAGUAGUAAUAACUUUAUGAGUGGACAUCCUGAUUUACAUCAGAAACUAGCAAAAAUAUAUUGGAGAGAAAAAAAUUUUACUUUAGCCAAAUUUCACUUUUUAUACAGCAGAGAUAGUUACGGAUGUGCUCUGAUGCUUAUAGAGUUGCAUAAUAACCAUGGAUAUUCAAACGAAGUAGAAUUGUUCAUUGCUCAAGUUGUCUUGCAGUUACUUUGUCUAAAAAAAAAAUCGAUAGCUAGCGAAAUUUUCGAAAUAUAUGUAAGUCAACAUCCAAAAAUUGAUGGAGGACCACCAUAUGUUCAUCCAGUACUGAAUUUCUUAUCUUGUCUUUUAAACACAAUUGAGUCGAGGAACUACGGGCUAUUCACAACUAUAUGCAAACAGUACACGACGUGUUUAACAAAAGAUCCGUGCAUUAUUCAAUAUCUUGAUAAAGUUGGACAUAUUUUUUUUAAAAGCAAACCAUCUCAAGGCAAUCAUGAAGGACUAUUAAAUUCUUUUCUUAACUCAUUUUUCGAUGGAUUCAGUAGUGAUGAUACAACUAGUUACCAAGUUAAUAAUACUUUAUUGGCCCAGGUAGCAGAACUUGAUUAAACAGGCCAGACAACAAGA